UAGACAUGGAACCAGUUGUAGGAAUUAGCAGUAGAUGACGGUAACACUGUGCCUCGGCCGACGCAUACCGACUGCAGUCAACGUGAUAAUCAAUAAACUAACUGAUCACGACCACUUUAUUUCAAAAUUCAUUUUCGUGCUAAAACAAACCCGUUGUUCAACAUAAUUGAUUCAUUCAUGAAAUACCAAAAUCCGGUAUAUGCAAUAUUGAUCGUAUGGCCAUAGAUAUAUUCAAUAUAUCUAUGGUAUGGCUAUUGAUACGACUUACUGGGUAUACUCAAUUCUUAUUAAAUAAUUAAGAUUUUUUAUAUAAUUUCUGCACAGAAUCAUACAACAGGAACUGAUAAAAGUGUCAGAUAUUUAAUUAAAUAAUGUCUUCAUUGAAAAUUCCCGAUUAGAUAGUACGUUGACUGGGGAGUUUGAGUCAUUGGAAAUAAACUUACAACUGAAAUUUAGAAACGUCCGGUCGAUGACUGUUGGACAUGCCGAUGAGAAAGGAUUAACAGAAAAGUGAAAUACUUCAAGGCGCGUACAUUGAAUCAUCACGGUGAUAACAAAUGAUUUUUAUUUUGGGGACUCUAAAGUGAUUCAAAAACCGGUGGUUCCGCUUAGCGACGACUACAGAUACUAGUAUGCGGGGUGCGCCUGGUCGUACCCAGGAUCCAGGAAUAAUAUUUCGCAUACCAGAAUCCACCCAAUGAAAUUCCACCCCCAAGUACGUACCAAGCUCGAGUGGUAGAUACCUAGGCGUAUAGGGAUAGACGUAGGGAGUGGUAGUUUGUAGUACAGCUGGAAAAAAACGAAAAUAAUUAGAAAUAAUAUUGCACUGCAAGCAACAACCUUAGGAAAGACGUUUCUCUUUAAUGCAAUUAAUUAGAGAUAAGGCAACAAACGAGAAUAAUUGAAGGCUGAAACAUCCACUUACAACCCCGCGAUACAUGAUAAGACCUGUAAAGAAUCUGUACAGUCUGGAGCCAAAUUCACCAAGAAAACAUGAUAGACGAUUCGAUUCGGUCGCACUUAAGUAAAUUACGUCGUAUAAUUUGUGGGGAAGGAAGAUUCGGGGUCCUGAGCAUGGCAGAAUACCAUAACGCCGCGAUCAUUUUUGAUGAAAGAUUCGGAUUUCAGUAGCUCGAAGAUGCCAGAUUAGUUAGCGAAAAAUAACGAAUACAGUAAAAAUAUUAUUGAAAAGAGGUGGAGACAAGAGUACGUACGAGCCAGGAUAAUGAGCCACGCUCAGCAGCAUGUAUUAGCUAGUGCAAUAGUACUGGCCCUAAUAGUAGUUCUCGGCAUUCAUGUCUUCCUGUUUCCAAUGUAUUCAUCAAAUCCUCGUGCUAGGCGGAUAAAGUUUUCUGAAUAUGAACAGCUACAGUGCCAUACCAAUUUAAAGAACGUCAGAGUACCUCCUGAGUGGGAAAACCAGUGCCCGAAAUUUGGAAUAGUAUCAGCUGUACAAGCUGGGAGACUAGGUAAUCAAAUAUGGGAAUAUGCAUCUGUUUGGGCUAUUGCUAGGAGUACUGGACUUGAAGCGUUCAUGCCUAGAUGCAUUCUUAAAACUCUCGAAGAACACUUUGAGAACCUAAGCAUUACGCCGCUCAGCUACAUCGGGCAGUGUACUUUAGAUGGUAGCCAGGUUGUGAAUUCAUUGGAUCAGUGGGACAGUACGGAACAGACAAUUAUACUACCAAAAUAUGCUGCUCAAUGGUCAAUUGUACUGGACUGGGUAGAAGAUGUUCGCAGGGAAUUUACUUUCAAGCCAAUGCUCCGAGCUGAUGCUCAGCUAGUUCUGAGGGGUGCUGCACAACAUCAUAAUCUAUCUGAAUCAACGUUUGUUGGUAUUCAUGUGAGGAGGACGGACUACAUAGAUUACCUCUGGAGGACUCGGAAGGUGCCUCCAGCCCCGGUAAGUUAUUAUUUAGCAGCAAUGGAUUAUUAUGAAGAGAAAUAUAAAAACGUAGUUUUUAUCGUGGCCAGUGAUAACAUUGGAUGGUGCAAGUCUAAUCUAAAACGUAAAAGAAGUAGAAUUAGUUUUGUAUCAGACCCUGAUGGGAAAAGACCUGGUAGAGAUCUGGCUAUUUUAUCAGCAUGUAAUCACAGCAUAAUUGAUUACGGUACUUAUGGAUCUUGGGGUGCAAUUCUUGCUGCAGGAGAAACUGUAGUAUUUAAUGUGACUGAGUAUUUUUCUACGCUCAUGGCUGAAGCGUUGCCAAAUUGGAGAGUUAUGGGAUGAAUCUGAAUCAAAAUUACUCACAUCCCUGUAUCAUAAAAUGAGCUGAGUUGGAUUGGAGUUCAAGAUCACAUUUGAAUAAUAUCUAUAUUUUUAGUAAAAUUGAUUAGGUAAUCAAAUUCAUCAAGCCAAUGUCUAGAAGUCGUUUGAGAACCAAUAAUAUGUACUUGAAAAAUUCAUACAAUCAACUUUUUGAAAGAAAUCAUUGUAUCUAUUGAAAAAAAAGGACAUGGAAAAUUGAAGAUGUUAUGCAGGGAUGUGAAGUUUUCUAUGUAAUUCUACACGGCCAAAAAAAUUUUGCAAUAUUGAGUUUUUACAUAAACUUAGGUCAUAGAUAAUUCGUUUUUUAAUAAUUAUUUUAGAGUCCAUAUAAAAUAUAGGUAUACAACUAAUAACAGAUUCAGAAUGUGUUUUUCUUAAUUAGCUGCUGCAUGAGAACUAUUCUGAAUGAAUUAACUCCAGAUUAUUGGUAGUACAACUGAAUUUCAUUUUCUAAAAGUCUUUUAAUCAACAGACCAAUAUACGACAUUCAAUGUCUCCUUUGCACAACAAUCAAGGAAGUAUGUUCGUUCACAAAAGUCAUACAAUCCAUUAAUAGUUGAGUAGAUAAAGGUAUUCAUGUUUAAAAUAUAUAUAUACAAUAUAUAGUAUACACCUUAGCACAGACUAUAGCAACAUUAUAUUUAACAGGGCUUAAUUUUAAAACGGUACCUGGAAGUGUCAAAAGUACUUUUAUCUUACUUAAAAAAGCAAACAGAUUGAUAGAUCCUCUUUUUCUUGGUAGUAGAAUUGAAAACUUUAAUUUUAGAAAAGUAACAAAGGAUCGAUGGACCACAAAAAUCUUUAAGAUUAUACAUAUAAUUAUUUUUUCUACAUUAGGAUUUACGUAAAGAAUAGCUGAGCAAAAAAAAUAUGGAAUAAAGCCCUGUAAAAACUUGGUAUUCUUUUCUGAUGAUUGGCAUGACGCUAAUAGUCCAGAGUAUUUCUACCUAAAGGAUAACAUAUGUAUGUACUUAAAAAGUAAUACACCAUGCGUUUAACAACAUAAUAACGAGUCCCGUUUAACAGUAUUAGAUAUGUAGGUUGAUGUUUUUAGCUUUUGUGUAGUGAUUUUGAAGUUGUAACGUAAAACAAAUCCAUAGCAUUUCUACAUAGCUUUAGUAUCGUAGCGUAUUGUACAAGACGAGUCGUUGAAAGCAGGUGUGCGCAUAUACCUAUGAAAAAUUAUAUUAAAAUUACACGGAGUAAUUUGUGCAAAAAAAAAAUGUAUUUAUCAAUUGGGAAGAUAUACUAUUGUUGUGCUUAUUUGAUGCAUUCUACUGGAUGCGUUUGAAAGCUCAUUGCCAAAGUAUACCUGUAACUCGGGUAAAACUACUAAAUAUUGUUUACUACAAAAAUAUAUAUCGUUUAUUAGCUUCUAAGUGAUUCGAUUUCCUGAAUGAAGUGAAACUGUAAAUUUGUGAGACAUUAUUGAAAGUAAGAAAGUUACUAUAUAAUUGGUGCAAGAUAUUGGAAAAUAUAGACUAUGAUUAUUGUUGUCUUAUAAAUGUGUCUGCUUUCAACAUUCGGUACAAUUGAUCUAUCCAUCUACCACUCUCAUGAUGUACAAUGAUUUCAUCUGUGAUUCUAUUUCUUAUUGUGCCAAAAUUAUUUAUAUAUAUUAUAUUAUAAAACAAAAUUAUAUCUUUACAAAUAUAUUAUAUGAUAUUUAUAAAAAUGCAGGCAGAUCAUAAAACACAUCUUUUAUUAAAAAUCAUUAUACGGAAUUUAUACGUAUUCUGAGAUGAAAAUUAUAUAUACGAAUGUAAAAAAAUUAAUGAAGAGCUUCGCCAAAUUAUUUACUGCAACCAUUUUAAAGCAUGAAAAAAAUGCGUAUCCAUAAUAUUCGGUAUAUGAUCGAGACUCCUCAAAUUAUACACGCAGAGAAGUGUUUUAUCUGUGUCCUGCCUUAAUAAAUGUUUCAAAUUCAAUGAACUGUGACCUGACGUAUUUAACUUGUAAUAUUAAAGAUAGAAUAGUAGAUGUCUACAGCGCGCGCGUCCCCACACACACACACAUACACACCAAAUCAAUGCAUACAUAACAUACUUGAACAGAAAUAUAAAACUGACACCCUCUUACGCGUAUAAAAUUAUACAUACAACUAAAUGAGAUUUGUAUUACAACAUUAAUGGUAUAUGUUCGUUCCUGAGAACAAUAAGGUUUCUGUUCCAUUUCCGUUGAUGAUGCAUCUCAAUUCGACAAGCAAAAUCAUGAUAUCGACCGACCGAUAGUUUCCAAUACAAAAUAGCAGAUGCAUGAUACUUACAUAACAAAUUGUUGGCUUGAUGAAAUAAAUGAUCCUUAUAUUUCUCAGGGAUGCUUUAAUCUAUAUUGUAUAUUGUACAUCCUCUGUGAUAAAUUUGUCUAAUUUUUGGGGAUAAUAGAUGUAUCUGUUUCUGACGAUUAUUUAUCAUAUUCUGUAAUAAAAUUAUCGUACGUGCAACCAUGAAAA